CCUGGGGGCCCUGCGGGCUGAGGCCGCCUCGGUGUGGGAAGUGAGUGGCCUGACGGGGCAGAACGGGGUCUGGAGCCGGCGGCUGAGAUGCUGGCCCAGGCAUGGAAUCCCUGACAACUUCCCAGUCUCCCCCAGGCCCUCCAGCUAUGGACUUGGAGGAGCCCAGGGACGCCCUUUCACCCCCUCAGGACGUCACCCCCAACUGCCAGUGGGACCCGGUGCCGGGAGGCCCCGGCAGCCUGAAUCAGAUGGAACUUGAUGGGCCAAGUAUUCGGGAACUGGUGCAGCAGUUUGAGGCUCUGCCUGGUGAUCUGGCGAGCUUGUCCCCAGACGGACCUCCCUGCCCCCUGCACGUUGCCACCGGCCACGGCCUCGCCUCCCAGGACGUCGCUGAUGCCCAUGGGCUCUUGUCUGCCGAGGCCGGCCGGGACGACCUGCUGAGCCUUCUGCACUGCCAGGAGUGUCCUCCUCCCCAGUCUUGUCCGAAGGAGCCUCCGGACCCUGCUCCUCGCCUGUUGCAGCCCCCUGAGGACCCAGACGGGGAUGCCGGCCCCCCGGAAUGGCCGGAGGGCGCUUCUGCCGAGCAGGCCGGCAGCCGGAGCUCAAGCAGCUCCCCAGAACCGUGGCUGGAGACAGUCCCUCUGGUUGUUCCCGAAGAGCCCCCUGCCAGUGUCCAGAGCCCCAAGACCCUGGUGCCAUACCCUGCCCUCCAGGAGGGUGAGUGUCCUGUCCACCCUGGCCGCAGGGACUGGGUCCACAUCAAAACGAUGCCGGCCGCCACCUACCGCCUGCUCACGGGCCAGGAGCAGCCCGUGUACCUGUGA